AUGGCGACUGCUGCACGAACGCUCCUGCGCUGCGCGAGGCCGGCCGUGCGCCAAGCCGCAUAUGUGCCAUGUCUGCGCACUAUUUCGACGUCGCUGGCGUUGCGGGAGCAGGGCGAUAAAGUGAUGUUAAAGUCGCCUUACCUUGAGCGAGCGAAUAUGAACCCCAUGGACAAGUAUCAGUCGAUGCAAGGUCCCUUGCACGACUAUGGCAGCUGGGUGCUUUCAGUGCUCCCGCGAUUCAUCCAGCAGUUUAGCGUGUACAAAGACGAAUUGACAUUCUAUGUGGCGCCAGCUGGCUUGAUCCCAACGAUGACGUUCCUGCGCGACCACACGCUUACACAAUUCAAGGUCUUGAUGGACAUUUCAGGCGCGGAUUAUCCAACCCGUUCUCAGCGGUUUGAAGUGAACUACCACCUGCUCAGCAUUCGGAACAAUGCUCGAAUUCGUGUAAAGACGUACGCUGACGAAGUGACACCAGUCCCGACAGUCACGAGUCUUUUCCGCAGUGCAGACUGGUUCGAGCGCGAGGCUUGGGACAUGUAUGGCAUUUUCUUUGCUGGCCAUCCAGACCUGCGACGCAUCCUCACUGACUAUGGAUUUGAAGGUCAUCCCCUGCGCAAGGACUUCCCUCUCACUGGGUACACGGAGGUGCGCUGGGACGAGGAGAAGAAGCGUGUUGUAUAUGAGCCCGUCCAGCUCAUGCAGGCUCACCGCAACUUUGAGCCGGCCUCCGCUUGGGAGCAAGUUGGCGAGGGUGUUUCGUACACUCCCAACGAGUACAAGCUCGUGCCUCCUAAGCCGGCGGAAGAAAAUAAGGAAAAGAAGUAG